GACCUUAAGUAUGGGUUGUUAAACACCUGGCAACCCAGUCAGUUCUUCGGUUACACGAGAAUGAGACACCUGGGCUAGCGUCCGGACAGUGGUGAGAACAGGGUCAGAGAAAAAGUGCCCCUUGACCGUGGAUUCGUCAAAUACACGCUAAAUAUAAUCAGUAAAAGACAGGUGAGCAGGUUAUUAUAUUUUCUCCUGUGUGUUUCCGGCUUCAUUUGUUUUGCUCAACGACUGGGUAUGGUUACCAAGGACGCAGGAUUGGAGAGGCGCAAGGCUGCGGAAUUAAUCUCACGACAAAGGAAAGAGGUAGAUCUGGGCUAUCAAGUACGCACUUGAGUGAGUGUUGCCCUAAUGGUAACCUCUCGACAAUUAAACAGACGUCUCAGUGCCCCAUGUCAGCGAGAACUUUGAAGGAAAUGAGAUUUAAGCGACGCAAGCGGAGACAGAUAGCAGGAAAACGCCGGACGCACGUUCGAAACUAGGUUUGGACGGGGGGUUAGGUGAGUUCUAUGUGUUUUUGUAGCUGAAUUGUAUCGCCUAUCCAAUGGAGAAGUAUGAGAAGCUGGCUAAGAUUGGAGAGGGGUCCUAUGGCGUUGUUUUUAAGUGCCGCAACCGGGAAACAGGGCAAAUAGUUGCUAUCAAAAAGUUUGUGGAGUCAGAAGACGACCCGGUCAUCAAGAAGAUCGCUCUGAGAGAGAUUCGUAUGCUGAAGCAGCUGAAGCAUGUGAACCUGGUCAACCUGCUGGAGGUCUUCAGGAGGAAGAGACGCCUGCAUCUGGUCUUUGAGUUCUGUGAGCAAACCGUCCUCAAUGAACUGGACAAACACCCAAGAGGGGUCCCUGAGGCGCAGCUGAAGAGUAUAGUAUGGCAAACACUCCAGGCUGUCAAUUUCUGCCACAAGCACAACUGCAUCCACCGGGAUGUGAAGCCAGAGAACAUCCUGCUGACCAAGACGGGAGUUAUCAAGCUGUGUGACUUUGGCUUCGCCCGCAUCCUCACGGGGCCUGGCGAUGACUACACAGACUAUGUGGCGACGCGCUGGUACCGCUCCCCUGAGCUGCUGGUGGGGGACACACAGUACGGGCCGCCCGUGGACGUGUGGGCGCUGGGCUGCGUCUUCGCCGAGCUGCUCAACGGGAACCCACUCUGGCCUGGCCGCUCCGACGUCGACCAGCUCUACCUCAUCCGACGCACGCUGGGUGACCUGAUCCCCCGUCAUCAGCAGGUGUUCCGCUCCAAUGUCUUCUUCAGCGGAGUCAGCAUCCCAGAGCCAGAUACUAUGGAGCCCUUGGAGAAGAGGUUUCAGGGGGUGUCCCCUCAUGCACUCACUGUUAUGAAGUCCUGUCUGGUGAUGGACCCGUCUCUGAGGCUGUCCUGUGAGGAGCUGCUGGAGGUGCCCUACUUCCAGGAGGACGGGGGCAUACCUGUGGGGCGCGACAGUGAGAGGACGGGCAGACGCCAUGAAAAGGGCUCCCGCCGCAGAGUACCAGGGCCCCAGUACCUACCACAGCUUCCUGGGAGUAACGUCUCACCAGCACCCGAACACAAGAAACAGGUCAAACCUAAAUACGACCACCACCUGCCCAACAUUUAAAGAAGAGAGGAGAGACAUGAAACAA